AUGAGUUCGACCCCGCCAUCAAUUGAUGACAGCCAGGUCCAAGGACUUGGGGGCCCAGCCGAGCAGGUCAUGCUCUUGGAACCGCAGGCCGAUGAACAACUGUCAUCUCGAUUGGCAAAUACUGACUCCAGCGGAUCGGACACGUGUCUGCCUGACAGGAACAUCGACACGCAGAGCGUCCCACGAUCGCGUCUCGUGCUGGCGGCAAGCAAUGGCCACACCGAAAUCGUCAAGCAGCUCCUGGAUGAGGGCGUCUCGGUCCAUGAGCGUGACCCAGAGCUUGGCAAGGCGAUCCAGGCCGCGACAAUGUCCUGCCACACCGACACCAUGCGAUUGUUGUGCGAAGUUGGUGCUUCCGUGGAUGACGACUACCCUUGUGGAGAUACGAUUCUGCAUCUGGCAGCAAAGAUGGGAGAUAAAGAACUUGUUACCCUUUUGAUCAAAUUAGGGGCACCUUUUCUGAAGCGUAAUAAUAACAACGACACCCCCUUGACCUAUGCCGUCGUUGCAGGAAGCCUGAAAAUGGUGGUUUGUCUUCUAGAGCACGGGGCAGACGCAGAACUUUCAAACGAUGAAUACCAACGACCUCUUUUCCGAGCCGUAUCCUAUGGACAUCUCCGUAUAAUUGAAACACUGGUCAAGCACGGAUGGGAGCUUGACGGUAAGGACGAGAUCGGUCGCACAGCUCUCUGCGUGGCCGCCUCUUACAGACAUCUGGAUAUCGUGAGAUAUCUUAUUGACUCAGGAGUCAGCUUAGAGGAUACCAUGGAUGGAAUGACGGCGUUGCACCAUGCUGCUCUAUGUGGAUAUCUGGAUAUCACCGAUCUGCUCAUCGAAAAAGGGGCCAAUAUUGAGGCUGUUGAUGGCGAUGAGUUGCGCACUCCCUUCUACCUGGCGAUCGAAUACUGCAAUCCUCUCGUAGCUAAGCGUCUCCUCGAGAAGGGUGCCAAUAUUGCGGCUAGAAAUAGCAACGGAUAUUCUGCCCUUCAUUUAGCAGCGUCGAGAGAGCAGUGUCUUGAUAUGGUCGAGUUCCUGCUCGAGCAAAGAGCUGAUAAGGAAGACGUGGCUGCCGACGGCCUCACAGCACUCGGAAUUGCGGCUGCGAAAGGGCACCUCAAAACUCUCCGAUUGCUUAUGGUCUCAGGAGCGCGCGUUGAUAGUUACGGUGGUGUCAACUCUACCGCUUUACACGCAGCUGCUCGCAGGGGACAGCUUGAAGUCGUCCAGGCGCUCCUUGACGGAGGCGCCGAUAUCGAGUUGGCCCGCAACACCGAGCGCCCUUACACUGCUCUGGGUAUAGCUGCAUCUUCAGGCCGUCUGGAUGUGGUGAAGCUGCUACUGGAGCGUGGGGCCGACCUUGCGGCAAGGCAGGACCAAGAUGGUUUCACUCCGCUACACAUCGCCUGUAGGGAUGACAUGAUUGAUGUGGUCAAGCUGCUUCUCGAGAAAGGAGCUCAAGUCGACGUUUUAGAUAAUGACGGCUGGACUCCUCUCCAUGUUGCCGCUAGGAAUGACAACGAUGCGAUUAUUCGUCUUCUCAUGGAGUACUGGGCAGAUCCGUACAUCACCUGCGAUGAUAACUUGACUCCCCUCGCCUAUGCGGUACGGCACGACCAAAGACUGGCCGUCAAGGCCCUGAUCGAAUGUGGAGCGGACUGCAAUAUUGGGAGCCCCGGCGAGUUCACAGCCCUGUCUCUGGCAGCUCGUCAUGGCUAUUCCCAGACUCUCGAGCUCUUGAUUGAGCUUGGUGCCAAUAUCGAGCUUCUAGAUGCCAGGGGUGAGAGCCCUCUGAUCACUGCUGCCAACUACGGCCACCUCGAAACGGCCGAAAUUCUGCUCCAAAAAGGAGCACACGUCAAUUGGGAGGAUUAUGAUGGAUGGACUCCACUAGCCAUCGCUGCGAGGCGCGGUUAUGGAGAGCUCGUGAGGCUUCUGUUGGAGCGAGGAGCAGAUCAAAGCAUCAAGAAGAAGCAAGGAGCAAGCUGUUCCUUCUCGGUGAUCCACCGAGCAAUAUGCGUUGGCCAUGUCGACGUUGUCCGCCAGCUCUCCGACGCCACCGACGGCCAGAAACCGCCGAUGGACACGCUUGGACGGUCCCCUCUGUGCUUCGCCGUCAGCCAUGGCCGCCAAGCCGUCGUCAAGCUUCUUCUUGAGAGAGAAAGCUACCAAGCCUCACUGCAAGACAUAUACGGAUCAACACCGCUGGGCAUCGCGAUCCGGAUUGGAUACGAGUCCGUUGCUCGGCUAUUAUUCAACGCCACAAAGCCUUCCUUGGAUGCGGAGGAUCUAUUAGGGAAAAGCCUGAGAUGGUGGCUGUCCACUGUAGCCACUCCCAGCAUGCAGGAGCUCUUUGAGAAUCUUGAGAAGGGCGCAGACGAUGUUGGAUCUGAGAGUGAUGGCAACGACGAGGGCGGCGGAAUGCGCGCACACUGCGACAUUUGUUUAAUGAGAAUCAUGAGGGACCAGCCUCGGUACCAUUGCGACGCCUGUCUAGAGGCAGACUUCGACGCGUGCGUACGAUGCAUAGACUUAGGGGGAACGUGCUUAGAUGUUUCACACGAGCUGAUAUACUAUGAUUCGUCUCCUCGGAAGCUGGGGAUUGUCUAA